AGCCGCGCUUCCCUGGCACCACUGCCGAGUUUUGGGAGGCCAUGGAGCGGCAUGUCCCCAUUUAUGUGCUGCCUGAGGAAAUUCGCAAGAUGCCCCGGGAUGAGACAGUGUGUAAAUACUGUGGAGUCAGCUAUUUGAUACUUCAUGAGUUUAAGGUGAUGGAAGACAAAGUAAAAGCAAUGGAAAAGGAGAUUAAAUUCUAUGAAGGAAGUAUAGAACGGGAAAAAGGACUUCAAGCAGAACUGCAGUCUCUUUACCAAGACCUUGAACACUAUCAAGCUGAUGGUGAAUCAAAAACAGAAAGAAUAAGAACCCUCACAGUGGAACUUAAAAAUAAGCAAGAUGAUUUAAAAAAUGUGAAAGAAGAUUUGAGGUAUUUCCAAGAGGAAAAAGAAGCUGCCUACAAACAAUCACAAGUGCUCAGAAAUACAUUGGAACACCAUUGCUCAACUCUGAACAAGGCAGUCUCAUUGUUUCCUUUUAUUAGACGUGAACUAGACAGUAUUAAAGAAGUCAUCUCCAGUAAUUUGGAGAACUGGGCUGCCAUGAAAGAAGAAAUCUUUCUACAAAUAAAAACGGUUAGCAAAGAAGCUUUGACAGAAAUACCCAAAUUGAAUCAAAGAUUAGCUAAGUCCCAGAGAGAGAAUGAAUGCCUCCAAGAAAAGGUAAAACAUCUGACAGUAGUGGCUGACACAGUUGAGCUGAAAAGUCAACAGCUUCAAACUUCACUUCAGCAAGGGAAUGAGCUACAAAGUAGAUGCCGUGAACUACAAAAGGAAACAUUAGAUUUAACAAAUCAAGUAGAAACAAUUGGAUUGAAGCUGCAGAAAGUAACAGCCGAGAUGGACCACUACAAAAAGCUGUUAAUGGUGAAAUCAACGGAACUUGAUGUCUGUCAAAAUGAACUGAAAAAAAUUAAAUACGAAAACGGAAUUUCUGAGUCAAGGCUUACAAAAGAGCUCAAGGAAAAGGAGGAAUUUUUUCUGAUUUGCCAACAAGUAUGCAAACAUUUACAGGAAGAAAUGGCUGAGAAAGAAAGGAAAGAAGAAGAUCUAAAAAGAAGAACCGGUCGAUUAGAAAGUGAGCUAGAAGCCCUUAAAGCUCUUCUUAGACAAACAGAGGAAGAAGUAGUGAUGUUGAAACAAGAAAGGGAGUUAAUGCUGAUUUCUCAUCAGAACAGAACAGAGCAGCUGCAGGAAGCAUUAAGACAGAAGAUGCGGAAUGAAGAUAACUGGAGGGGGAAGAUGGAAAUUGAUUUGGCUAAAGGUGAAGCACAACACAAAGAAGCAAUUCUUAAAGUCAAGGAAGAAGCAAAAGUGGAACUAGACAUUGAGAGACAAAAGCAGCAAGAACUAAUUGCAAAAUAUCAGAGAGAUCAUGAAGAGCUCCAGAAGAAGAUUCCAGGUUUAAUAUCCAAUGCUACCAGUAGCUUAAGGAUGGAGACAGAAAUUCUUGAAAAGAAGCUACAAGAUGCCCAGAUCAAACUUGCAGAGAAAGAUGAAGAGAAGGAAAAAGAAAUUCAAAGCCUUAAAAGACUAAUUACUGAACUUGAAUUUCAGCUUUCGAUGGAAAAGAACAGUAAUGAAUCAUUUCUGGAUAAUAUGAGAAAAGAAAUUAAACACAAGUCAGAUGAACUGGAAAAAUUAACCCAGGAGAGGACACAGCUGAUUCACAAUCUGAGUCAAGUUCAAGAAGAGAACACUCUUCUCCAGGAAACGGUGCGCAGAGAGUGUGAGGAACGCUAUGAGCUGACUGCAGCUUUGACUCAAGCCAGGGAACAAGUACUGGAACUAAAAAAAUUCAGUGGAAACUUCCCGUUAUCGCCAUGUUCCCUGGCUCAGGGCAGCCUAACCUCCCCUACUGCUCUGCUCGCUGAUUAUGGACAGAAAAGCCGCCCCAGCCCCAGCACUGCGGAGGAAAUCAAUCUCUCUGGACAGUUUGCUAUUUCAAGAGCUGUGAAGGCACCCACCUCCGGUAAGCGGAACAGCAGCGGCAGUGUGCGCUUGCCCGCUCUAGCCCCACCACAUGCUCCAAGAGGAAGGGCAGCUUCUCUCAGCGAGCCCAGGAGCAGGAUCUCUGCAGUUAUAAGACGACAACUGAGUUAGCUCUGACAGCUACAUACACAUGCAUAGCACACGGGAAACCAUUCCAGUGCAUCAAAUGGCCGUUCACUCAUGGACCCCAGGGUCAAAUCUUAGCUGGUUCAAUUCAUGCAUUUCUACAAGUUAAAAUUAAGUUAAAUUUUUAUAUAUUUUUAUUGCAAUAAUGUUUCUUUGUCCAUCACAUAUUAAAGUAAUUAAAUGCUAUCUACACUUCAAGACGAGGAAAGUAAGAAAGAAAAAAUACUGUCUCUCCAAAAGGAACACCUCUUCAAUAGGUGUAAUUAAACUAAUGGCCAGUUUAAAUUCCUGUUUUCCCAAACCACUUUGUUGGAAUUUUCCCAUUUUGUGUGUUCUAUAUAGGUUAAUUGCUUGUUUCUGGUGUAAAAAUGUGAUUUGUUUGGUUAGAAUCAGAUUUUUGCAAUUAUUGAAUUGAGUAGUGUUAUAUUUGCAAAUAAUUAUGCUUAGGUCAGUGAAACUUGCUGGUAGGGGAGUAUGUAUCAUUCAGUCUGAAAAUGUGGCAAAUCCAUCCACUGAGUAGACUAGCCAUUGGCAGAGACAUAGCUUCCUCUAUGUGCAAGUCUUCAAGCUGUGCUAGUUAACAAGGAGUGGAAGACUUAACACAUUUUGUCCAAAAGAUGUUUGCCUCUUUAAUUUCAUCAGAAAAGUGUCUUUAUGUUAAGCAUAACUUUUAGCUUCAAAGUAGACACGCUGGAGUUCUCUGUAAAAUUGUUAGACAGGAGGAUCAGCAUCUUUAUUUUACUCCUUGAUACGUGGAACCAUGGUUUGUUUUGAAGCAUAAAAAGCCCAGACAAGGCUUGGUCAUCCUUGUUAGCGUGCAGCGACUGCAGAAGUAGCUGCUUUUUGAACAAGGCAGCUCUGCUAUUGGAGCAGUUUGACAAUGUGCAGUAUAGGGUGGGCUGAGUGAAACAGCAGUGGGUGGCACAGUCGGUCUGAGAUUUCACUUACUGUGUCACCAGAUACUCGAGUGUUUUGGUCAGGUAAGCCCAAACAGGGCCAGUUUGGUGAUAGUAACCGGUUCUGGCCACAGCCCAGCAGUCACUGGACAAGGAGAGGUGAUGAAGCAGGCCCAGGUCAGCCUGGCAAGUCCCUUGGACAGAGGUAGACCUACCACAUUAGAUCCAGCUCAGGCAGGAGGGAGGAGCUGGGGCUGAGCUCCUUGGCUCAGGGCAGCAGCCCUAGGCACAGAGAUGCUGGUGUCCCUGCUCUAUCGAAAGACAGAAACUGUCUUGGACAGAAACUUUGUGGAAGGUAAGUUAGAGGGGAACUUUCUGGAGACUCUCAGAGUGUGCAUAUGAGCAGCUGGACAACUGAUAUUGCCUGCUCCUGUUUAGGUCUGGGGACUGGGCUUGUUCUUCCAUCAGAGUUGUGGAGUUGCUUCGUCAUAGGGCACUUGACUUGUCAACCGAGAUAUGUUUAUAAUUGCAUCAUGAACCUAGACCUUCUUGUUAUUUCUUUGUGAUUAGAUAGUCCUAUAUGUGACAAAAUGACAGCAGUAGGCCACAUCUUCAAUGCUGGAGAAAAUUAGAAAAGCUUUGUUAAAUCCAAUGACCUGACAGGGGAUGUAUUUUAUUCAGUAAAAUCAGUGGAAGAAACAACAAUUUUAGGUUUACCCUCUGGAGCUUGAUUUAAAAACAUGCUCUGUCUUAGUCAGCUUCUGUUCCCACCGAAACCAUCACUCAGCCUUACCCGAUUUCUGUGGCAGCAUCCACUGAAAUCAUCCUCUAUUCACAAAUUCCAAAGCAACAGAAAAUCAGUAUUAUAAAAGUUGUUCUGGUAGCUGCUGUGCAUACGGAUGGGGUAGGUACUUUGCAGGGGCCUGGCAGAUUGAAUGGACUUGAAUAGACCUCAUAGAAACUGGUAGCAAGAGCCAGCUGAUUGGGGCAUGUUAGAAUCAAACACAAGUACCGUCCCCUGGAGAGUAUAGACUCAGGUUGGUGGAGGUCUGACAAUUUGGCUUUCCUCACUCAGCAGGAUCCUGGUGGCUGCUGUGAAUGAGGCCUGCUUGCCUUCUCUGAUGCAGAACAGCCCAUCUGUAGCUUCCAACCCCAGCAUGUGCCAAUAGGCUGUAUUCUCCACAAGUAUCCUCAGUGGAGGCUUGCCCAGUUUACUAGAACAGGAUUAUGCUCAAUUGGCUGAUGGCAACAGUGAGUCUUAAGCCCAACCAAGAUACCUGAGCAGCAGUGGGAGCUGUCUACAGGACCUGCUGGCUUUGCUCAGAUACUUGUAUUUUUCUUAAGGAUGUUGAAAAUUUGGAAUAUCAAAGAUGUGAAAGCAAUUCCACUGAAACACAAGCCUCAGGAAAUUCUUUUUUCAGCAAUCCCACAAAUGCAGAAAGAACGGGAUGGGAAGCAGUCCCAAAGGCCUGUUUGGAGGGUGGCUGGAUGGUGCCCUGCUCUGGUCAGUGGUGAUGCUGAUUUUUGUUUAGAAAAGAUGCUGACGUCUUUGAGCUUGAAAAUUGUUAUUCCACUGUACACCCACAGUCUUCCUGAAGACUGUGGAAGUAACAGAUUUUCAUUGAGGUAGUUCUUAAAAUUAUGAGCUCCAGAGCUCUGUGAUGUAGAUUUUUUCAUAACAUUUUUAGAUGAGCAUUGGUUGCAUUUUCCAGUCUUAUGAGAUAUUUUAAGUUACAUAAAUCCACUAACUGCUGUUACAUAAUGUUAUGCCCUUCUGUAGCUAUGGAACAGGCGUCACAGUGAGCCCUGUGGUAGCUGAUGUCGUAAUGUGGAGUUUAAUACUGGAAUAUUUUUGUCAAAGAAAAGGUGGGACCUUUACCUGUGGACUGUUUUGCUGGCUGAGCUCACCAGGAUGCCGUAAUGUCUCUGUGCUUACAGCAAAGCUACAGAAUAUCCCAGUUCCAUGGUGUAACAGCUGCUCCUUCCCUUGUGCUGCUGUGGCUGCGCAAACAGGUCAGGCUUCAAACCUGGGCUCCUGCCGACUGCUUCAGUGUUUAUGUCCUGUAGCGGAAGCAAUAGUAAAGAAUGACUCUGUGGUCAUAAGCUGCAAAGUGAGGAAUAGCACAUAAAAUAAUGAGGGCAGUCACAGAAAUAAUGUUUCUAGCAUGAGGAAGUGUAUAAAUCAUGAAUCCAAACCAAGUCAGGAACAAAUAUUUCCCUUACUUCCCCUCCCUCACGGUAACCCAGAAUUCCUGCUGCUAAGCAAUAAACAAAAUGUAUAAAUGCCAGGAAACUUUACCAGCUUUUAAAAACAAUUAAAUUAAUUUCACAUAGUCAAGGAAAGUUUACAGCGUAUUUCUUGUAAUGGGAUGAAACACACCAGCAGAAAGUACCACAGAGAAUGUGGACAUCUAAUUAAUAUCCCCACAUAUUCAGGAAAUAAAACUUCCUAGAGGAAAUACA